GGCUGCACUUGGCAUCCGUUCGCCACAGGUACAGCGUCUGCCUCUCUGUGAACAUUAGACAGUGUCCGUUUCCGUCAGCUGAGAGAAGUUAAGGAAUUUCCAAUAAGGCGCCAAAAGACCAUAUUUGAGUUGGUGAAACCUAUUUUGCGUGGGGUCAGAAUGCCUAAGCUCGAGUUUAUUAAGUCAGCUUCCGAGGACAAGAAACAUGCAGAGGAUGUCGAGGCCGUCAGAGCCCAUGGAGGCAAGCUAUACACUGGUGACGACGAAGGAAAAGUCAAGUACAAGAAGCCUACGAUGUUGGCGUUGGUUCCCAAGGCUGACGUUGAAACAGUGGCCUUGCACAAUGAUCGCGUUUUCACAGGCGCUGACGACGGGAAACUGAAGGUGUGGGACUACGACCUGAACCUCCUGCAUGAAUUUAAAGCUCACAAUUACGCCGUAACGGAUAUCCUUGUCGUUGGUAACAAUAUAUUCACAGCUUGUGCAGAUUGCACCUUCAGCAUAUGGGACGCCAAUACCUUCAAGCUCAAGAGAGGAAUCGAGGGCCACGAGGAGAGCAUUAGGAAGAUAAAGACGGACGGCAAGAAUGUGUUUGCCGGAGAUGACAAGGGAGAGGUACGCGUGUACAGCCUCGACGGCGACUUUGAGAAAAUGUAUUCCAUGGUGGAGGAGGUUUGGGGAUUGCACGUUGAAGGCAACAGGUUAUACACCAUCAGGGAUCGCGGUCUCACCAUCACGGAGGCCAAGGGCGAAAGUAAUAAGUUCACUGUGAUAAGCAGUACAAGUGAAGGUAGAGCCCCAAUUUAUGUUACGUCGGACACUUUAGCAUAUCUGGACAGAACUGGUAUGAUGGUCUUGAUUCAUGACAACACGCCUAGUUCUCACCAACUCAAAGGUCAACUCAAGGGUCACGACCGCAUCGUCACGGCCCUAAGCGGCGUCGGGAACCUCAUGGUCUCAGGUGGCUGGGACAACAAGGUCAAGCUGUGGGAUGUGACCAGCUUCCAGGAACUCGGAUCUUCCGAUAUACCCGGUUGCGUCAACGGCCUGGCUGUGACCGAGGACAAGCUAGUAUUCGCCGGAGGGGUUGGGGGGUAUGUCUGCAAACUCAAGAUUUCAUAAACGGUUUCACAUAUCAGUUUUUGUUCACGUAUUUCAAAGAAAUCUUUUCUGCCCACAUGACAGAAAAGUAUUUGUAAUUUCUGUUUAGUGAUAUUUUAUCGUUAAUGCUUAGACAGGUGGCCUUAAAAAAUAAAUCUUAGUAAAGAAU